GUGUGACUUAAGUAGCCAUUAUUGCACGGCGUGAUAUCAACACUCGAGCAUAAAAUGGAAUACUAAUUGAGCACAAGACUCACAAUUAUCGUACAUUUUAUAGUUCUGUCCGAAUAUCAAUCUUAAAUCAGCACUUUCGGUUCGUCUAUCUAUGUCUUAAGAUAUGCAUCAAUUUUACACCGAAUAUAUUGUUCAGUGUUCACAACUCGUAUUUUGCGCAAUGAACUCUAAAUUUAUUUUGUUUUAUCUUAUACAUUUAAAAUAAAAAAUUACGAUUAGAAUAAAAAUAAUGUUGACUGGUUUGGAAAUAUUCUGCAAAUAUUCUAUAAAUAAACUAAAUAUUCAAAAUAUUGCAAAAUGUUCUUCAAAAAUCAUUUACAAUACAGCAGUACAGCAAGCUACAGCUCAAAAUACUAUACAACAAAUGUUUGGUCAACCAACAUCACAGACUCACUCGUAUCUUCUAAAAGAAGGAGAAGUUGUACCAGGUAUAAAGAAGGAUGAGUUUAAACGCAGACGUUACAAAUUCAUGGAAAAAAUUGCAAAGCAUAAUGUGCUAUCUGAUAAUUAUCCACAACUUGUUUUAAUACCAUCAGCAUCCAAAGUUUACAUGUCAGAUAAAAUACCAUAUGUCUUUCGACAAAAUUCUGAUUUUCUCUAUUUCACUGGCUGCCAGGAGCCAGAUUCUAUCUUAUUGCUAACUAUAAAUGGCAGUAAUUAUACUUCUACUUUAUUUAUGAGACCAAAAGAUGCCCAUGCUGAACUGUGGGAUGGUCCAAGAACAGGUGUAGAGGCUGCAAUUUCUUUAUUUGAGGUAGAGCAAGCUUUACCAGUUUCAGAAUUUGAAAAAUAUAUGACAUCUGUUUUGAAUCAAAAUAAGAAAAGUGUUAUUUGGUAUGAUGCUGAUGAUAUAAUUCAACCAGAAUUACACAAGAAGCUUGGACAGCUCCUCACGUUAAGUCAGAAACAAAUGUUUACAUGUCCAAAAACUUUAAUUCAUCAAUUUCGUUUGAUCAAAUCAGAAGCAGAGAUAAAGUUAAUGAAAAAGAGUUGCGAUGUGGCAUCAGCAGCUAUAGCAACAGUCAUUGAGAAAUCCAAACCUGGAAUAAAUGAGCACCAGCUGUUUGCUACAGUUGAUUAUCAGUGCAGAAUGAAAGGAGCUGAAUUUUUAGCUUAUCCGCCAGUAGUAGCUGGUGGAAGAAAUGCUAACAUUAUCCAUUACAUUGCAAAUAAUCAAAUUGUAUGUAAUAAUGAAAUGGUUUUGAUGGAUGCUGGUUGUGAAUAUCAUGGGUACUCUUCUGAUAUUACCAGGACAUGGCCAAUAAAUGGUAAAUUCACACCUUACCAAAGAAUCUUGUAUGAAAUCGUUCUAGAUGUUCAGAAGAUUUUAAUCGACAAAUUGAAAGAAAUGCCAAGUCUUGAUAUGGUUUAUCACGACAUGUGCAAUCUUCUCGGCAAACGUUUACAAGAAGAGUGUCUAAUACCAAAAGACUUGACGGGAAAUAAAUUACUAGCGGCAACUUACUUGUAUUGUCCACAUCACGUAGGUCAUUAUUUGGGUAUGGAUGUUCACGAUACUCCAAAAAUUUCGCGAAGUAUCAGAGUUCAGCCAGGAAUGAUCGUAACGGUAGAACCAGGCAUUUACGUAAAUCCAAAAAAUCAGUACGCCCCACUCGAAUUCCAUAAUUUCGGAAUAAGAAUAGAAGACGAUGUUUUAAUUCAAGAUGAUGGUCCGGUGGUUCUUAGUCAAAAUUGCCCGAAAGAGACUGCUGAUGUAGAAGCUCUGGCCCGAAAAAAUCAGUCUUAAUUUAAUAUUAUACCCAUUCCUGCUAUUAUAUGUAUAUAAUGAAGUUUUAUUUAAUAACCAAGAUUGUACAUUUGUACAUAACGAAAACAUUAAUUUCAAUUACAAAUAGAAGAAAAAAAUAAAUGCAGGUUGAUUGUACAUUAUAAAGAAAUAAGUUUAUUAAAAAGUCAAGUAUGUAACAGUCACUCUACUCGUAAACCAGUUUGUUUGGAUAAAGAUGUACUUUAUAGAUUUGUAGCCAAUAAAGAACAACGAGUAAAAACAAUAGUAGCGCGUACAAUAACAACGCUACCAUUAAUAACAACUUCAGUAAAUAGUGAAUUUUAGUGCUGUAUAAAAACAAAUAAAAAUAAGAAGCAGGUAGAGCAUCAACUUACAAAACACAAACACAAAAAAAUAACAAUUAAAUCUUAAUACAUAAAUAUCAGAGAGAGAUC